AUGCCGCUCGGGACGGGGCCUUCAACGGCCCGCGGGGCCAGGAGCGCCACAAGACUGGCCCGACUCGCGGGGCUACCGACGGGGGCGGCGACUACGUGUAUGGAAUGCCGUAAAGCGGCGCUACCCAACACCCGGAUACAUUACCCUCGCCCACAGUCACAACCCCACGCUCUUUUCCACUCGGGACCACCCCGCUAUUCAGCAUGGGCUGCGGCGGUCCAGGUAGCCGGCAACAUCGUGUCCAAUGCCGUCACGCGAGCGACCAAAGGCACCAGCGAUCUGCCGACCAUCGACCCGCUGCAGAUUGUGGCCAAAGAGAUGAAGUUUCUGACAGGGAACAUCCGCAAGCUCCUCGGCUCCGGCCACCCGUCGCUGGACCGCGCCGCCAAGUACUACACACAGGCCGAGGGCAAACACGUCCGCCCCCUCAUAGUGCUACUCAUGUCACGGGCGACGUCGCUGUGCCCAAAAGCGCCGCAACGUCAUCAGUCGACAUUACAAGCUUCCGCAGCGAUCGACACCUCCAUCUCUCCGCUCUCCAUCCUAUCCGACUUCAACCCAUCCGCCAAGGCGGGCGCCGAGAAUGAAGAGGGGACCACAACAACACUCGGAGAUGACAUCCUACCCUCACAGCGGCGGUUAGCCGAGAUCACCGAGCUGAUCCACACGGCCUCGCUGCUUCACGACGACGUCAUCGACCACUCAGUGUCCCGGCGCGGGGCGCCAUCUGCGAACCUCGAGUUCGGGAACAAGAUGGCGGUGCUCGCGGGCGAUUUUCUGCUCGGGCGCGCGUCGGUAGCGCUGGCGCGACUGCGGCAUGCUGAGGUGAUCGAGCUCCUAGCAACCGUUAUCGCGAACCUGGUCGAGGGCGAGUUCAUGCAGCUGAAAAACACGGCCCGCGACGAGACCAAUCCGCGCUGGUCUGAGGAAACGCUCACGUAUUACUUGCAGAAGACGUAUCUCAAGACGGCGUCGCUCAUCAGCAAGAGUUGUCGAGCUGCGGCUCUAUUAGGCGGAGCGGACGCGCAGACGGUCGAGGCGGCGUACGGUUAUGGCAGGAACCUCGGCCUCGCGUUUCAGCUGGUCGAUGACAUGCUAGACUACACGCGUAGUGCGAAGGAGCUCGGGAAGCCGACAGGCGCGGAUCUCGAGCUUGGGUUAGCCACUGCGCCGUUGCUGUUCGCGUGGAAGACGAUGCCGGAGCUGGGGUCACUGGUGGGGAGGAAGUUUGCCAACGAUGGUGAUAUCGAGAGGGCACGAGACUUGGUCAUGCAAAGUGACGGCAUCCAACAAACGCGGGCACUAGCCGAGGACUACGCCUCAAAAGCAAUCAGCUCACUUGACCAAUUCCCUGACAGCGAAGCCAAGGAAGGCCUAAUCGAGAUGGCUGUCAAGACUCUUCAACGGAAGAAGUAA